AUGUGUGGCAAUGUGCUUGAUGGAAUAAGGACAGGAGGACAAGUUGGUUCCUGGGGCCGCACACCAGAGUUUUUCCGGGAGCCGAGCUCAUUUGGGCGACCGCAGGGGCAGGGCCCGCCGUGGGAUCCCAGACAGAUGUUCCUGCAGGGUGGUGGCAUUCCACUUCCUGUGAGGGAUAGCAUGCCGCUGCCAGUGAGGGAGAAGAAUGGUGGGCAUCAUGUUGUCAUGCUGAAUGGGGCAGACAUGAAAGGAUAUGGUGAUGCAUCUCAUAAUCAGAUCAUGGUUGGAGCAGCACGAAAUGAGAGUGACGAACACCUAAAGGCACUCUCAAUCAGAAGCAGACACCAAACGCGCCAAACAGUUAGUUUAAUCGUUUUUUUGCCCAUCACCAUCACUUACAAGAAUCAUGUUGAUUUCAUAGAAUUUCAUGUUCAUGAAACACCAAUCCUGAUAAUUAGCAAUGAAUUAUGGUUGGAAUAG